ACGGAGCAAAAGAGAAAAGGGUUUUAUUUUCUGACGCUAUGUGAGUUCCCCGACGCACUGGGGACACAUAUUUAUGUAUAAAAGACAUCAAAUAGUGCAUUUUGCAUGAUAGGUCCCCUUUAAAUAGAAAUUGAAUUAUUUAUUAUACUAAUAGGAGUUGGGGAAAUAUUUUCCAAGGCCCAUAGCUUUGACCCAUCAGUUCAUACUGUCCUGACUGAGCACAGGCACCUGUAACCUUGGCUGCUGUGCUCUCAGUGUUUUGUCUCCCUGUUCCUGCCUGUUGGCGUCAGCUGAUUAUGAUCUUGUUAUGCACAAUGUUGAUUAUUCUCUCUGAACUAGCUAAAUACGUGGGUCUGGGGUAGAGUUCUUCAGAAUUGAUUGUGGCAUCUCAACUGUGUGGUCAACUCGUGGCCCGUGACAUGUCUUGUGAAUUCUCCGGCCGAAGCUCCAAAUAAACCGUCAAUGUUUGCCAUCAAAGCUCCAGUGUACCUAAAGUGAAGAAACUUGAUAAAUAACUAAAUUGCAGUACAUACAGCCAAGUCUUUUUUUAUAAAAAAAAGUAUCAGGAGGUAGGCUAUCCAGUGGUGUAAAGUAGCCUAACUAAAUACAUUUACUCAAGUACUGUACUUAAGUACAAUUUUGAGGUACUUGUACUUGAGUAUUUCCAUUGUAUGCUACUUUGUAAUUUUACUCCACUACAGUUAUGUAAUACCUUUAGUUACUUUGCAGGUUAGGAUUUAUGAUUUUAACUUUAAUUACCACUUAAAUAAGAUUUAUAGUUACACCUGGAUUAAAUUCACAAUAUACCCUGCAGUAUACGAAAUAUUUAAAACUACCUGCUCCUUUACAUGCUUUGAUAAACACUUAAUGCAUCACUUAUUAUAAUCUCAUAUUAUAUCAUUCUGAAAAGGGCCAAUCUGAAUGAGUACAUUUUGAUGCUAAUACUUUUUUACUUGAGUAACAUUUCGAUUGCAGGACUUUUACUUGUAACAGAGCAUUCCUUCACCCUGGUACUUUUACUCAAGUAGCCUACAAGAUCUUAGUAAUUAUUUCACCUCUGGAGGUAGCCGAAGACAUUAACACACAAUGUUAAUUCCGAUUUCACAACAACACUUUUUCUGGCACAGUUUCAACCAGACAUGUUAUGUUGCUCCACAAACAUGUUAGGACUGCAGCGUUUUGCACGGUGUUGCUGUUCAUUUGUCCACACUCCCUAGGCGUUGAAGUGCUGGGCUUUCAUUUUGUUUUUCACUGCAGCCAACUCGCGUCCAGUUCUGUGUUAAGACUAAAAUCAGAGUUUGUGGCCAGCUUUCAGGUUAAACGACCAAAAUCCACAUUAGAUCAUUCGAUGUAUAAUAUCGCUCUGUGCACUUCAUCACAAACACGAUGAGAACAUGUGUUACCUGACAGCCUGUAGUGAUGAAUCGAUGAUAAAAGUAAAGCAAGACAGUCAAGUCAUGAAGUCAGCUUCACCAAAGAGUUUCAUUUUAUUUCCCGGAACACAGGAUAAAAAAACUCUGACGUCUAGCGUUUGUAAAGAGAAUAGCUUUUUUUCUGACUAACUUCAAAACUAAUUGUGCUAAAGAUGUGGUUUAAUCUCCUGUAACAAUGUGCCAAAGUGCAUAUGAUGAAAAAUAGACCCUGGCUGUGCCACUCCAUUAAUGAUUGACACGCAGUAUUGAUUGCCUGUGUUUUGGGGAUUAGAGCCUCUGUUUGAAUAAGGGCUCGGGUGGGUGUCAGGGUUGUAUGCUUUCUGCGUUUUCUGCUGUUUUCUGGGGAUUUUCUUUUGGUCAUUAUCAGAUCGACCGGUGAUCGGACUUCAGAGAUCCCAGUCUGACUUCUAGCCCGCUAAAUCUGUUGUUCCCGUCCAAAGACCUGAAACAAUGAAACUGUUUCUGCACUUUAUUCUGGUGACAGUCGCACCGGCCAUUGCCUACCGCAGUCCACUGAAUGACUUCCAGCGCUCUGAGGGCAGAGAGCUCGUCCCCACCUCCUGGAACUCAGCUCAGAUGUUGCUGUUAGCGGUCCUGAACCUGGAGGACUGCGCCACUCGCUGCUCACAGUCUCUGGACUGCAGAGCGUUCAACUACGAGACCCGUCCGACUGUCUCCUGUAAACAUCUGCCCUGGGUGGAGGAUGGGAGCAACGCUGAGGUGAAGAGGAACGUAAACUGUGACCUCUACGAGAAGAAAGUCUAUGUCAGAAAGUGCAUCGUGGGUAAAGGAGAAGACUACAGAGGGAAAGUCUUCACCACGAGAGGUGGGCUCAAAUGCCAACAGUGGUGGUCCAAGUUCCCUCACGAUCACAGGUGGACUCCCACAGCUACCAACGGUCUGGAGCUGGCCUUUUGCAGGAAUCCAGACGGGGAUCGGAUCGGCCCGUGGUGCUACACCACCGACCCUGAGCGCCGCUAUGAGAGCUGCAACAUCCCCCAGUGUAAAGAUGAGGUAUGUAUCACAUGUAACGGAGAGGACUACAGAGGACAGGUGGAUCACACUGUGAGCGGCAGAGAGUGCCAGAGAUGGGACCAGCAGUACCCGCACCAACACAUCUACCAGCCUGAAAAAUAUCCAGAUAAGAGUUUAGAUGACAACUACUGCCGUAACCCGGACGCCUCCCCCGUGCCGUGGUGCUACACCACCGACACCGAGACGGAGCGGGAGAACUGUGAGAUCAGCAAGUGCACUGAGGUGCGGGUAGAUAAGCGCCCACGCUCCAGCUCCACAACAAACUGUUUCCGUGGCCGCGGGGAAGAUUACCGUGGCAGAGUGAACGAGACGACCUCAGGGAUCCCCUGCCAGCGGUGGGAUGCCCAGCACCCUCAUGAGCAUCCCUUCUACCCCAACACCUACGAAUGCAAGGGUUUGGAGGAGAACUACUGUCGUAACCCAGAUGGGUCGGAGGCUCCCUGGUGCUUCACAUCUGUGCCUGAGAUGAGGACUGCUCUCUGCCUACAGAUCAAACGCUGCGCAGACGACAUAGAGGCUGAAGAUUGCUACCAUGGAAAUGGAAAAAACUACAGAGGCAUGGUCCGCAAAACUCGUAAGGGGAUCACCUGCCAGAAAUGGAACAUCAACACACCUCAUCAGACAAAGAUUAACCAAAGCACGCAUCCCGAGGCCAACCUGACGGAGAACUACUGUUGUAACCCGGAUGGGGACCAGCAUGGACCGUGGUGCUACACCACCGACCCCAAAACUGAGUUUGACUACUGUGCCAUCAAACAUUGUGCUGGGGAGAAAGUGUCCAUGACUGAACCAGUAGAGAAAGUGGAGUUCAGUGAGUGUGGAAAGAGAGAUGACCGUGCGAAGAUGUCGAGGCUGCGCAUUGUGAAUGGGAUUCCUGGGAACUCUCCAUGGACAGUGAGCCUGAGGGACAGGAAAGGAAACCAUUUCUGUGGAGGAUCCCUGGUUAACCCCAGAUGGGUGAUCAGCACCAAGCAGUGUUUCUCCUCCUGCUACGUGGACCUGCCCGGGUACUCGGCAAGGAUGGGAACUCUGUUUCGUGAUCCACAAGCAGAAGAGCCCGGCAUGCAAACCAUCCCGCUGACAAAGAUCGUCUGCGGACCCUCGGAGUCUCAGCUGGUCAUGCUACAACUGGAAUAUCCGGCCCAGAUUAAUGAGCGAAUCUCUCAGAUCUGCCUCCCUCCUGAGCGCUACAUUGUAGCUGAGGGGACGCCAUGUGAGAUCGCAGGAUGGGGUGAGACGAGAGGGACUGGAGAUGAGACUGUCCUCAAUGUGGCCCACAUACCAGUUCUGAGUAACAAGGAAUGCAACAAAUACUUCAGAGGUCGUGUUCGUGAGAACGAGAUGUGCACGAGCUCUUUCCAGGGCGGGGUGGGCGCCUGCGAGAGAGACUACGGCGGACCUCUGGCGUGUCAGAACAGCGACUGCUGGGUACUGGAGGGAGUGAUCAUCCCCAUGAGGCGCUGCGGACACCCAGGGCAGCCCAACAUCUUCAUCCGAGUGUCUGUCUACGUGGACUGGAUCAAGAAGGUCAUGGAGAUGGCUUAGAGACAGAGACUGCCGUUUAACAGGAACUGAUCAAAUCAACUGGCAAAUACCAAACAGACCAGUUAGUCACUUUGCCACAUGAAAACAAUCUUUUCAGCUGUCUCUUUUACAUACAAAAAUGUUAAUUAUACAAUAAGAUUCAUAGUCAGAUUUUAUUUUACGAUUAAUACAAUUACUACAUGAUAGAGACUAUGUGAAAUUAUAUUUAGUCUAUAUAUCUGCCAGAUUAACCUACCAAAAUAAUUUAUGUUUCCAAAACAUAAUUACAUAUGCUGAGAUACAAAAAAAUGCAGAGAAUCAUAACAUUUACAUUUAUUACAAAUCUUCACAUUACAUGAGGUCCUUCUGUUUAUAUAUUGCAUUUAACUAUAUUUCAGUUGUAAGCAGAUACAAGGGCAUUUUUAGCUGUCAAGUAUUUGGCAACAAUGAUAACUUCUCCUAUAAUUGUAUAUUAUUACAAUGUUUUAAAAACCUUUUCAUUAUGUGUCCCUACAGCAGGCCCCACUUAAGAGUGCCCACAAGAAGAGUUAUAGUUUUUUCACAAACACAUAAUUAAACACUGCUUACGGCUACUUUAUAGUGCACUGAAAUGAAUGUCAAUUUUUAACUAAUUGUAGCCCCUCCGGUUCAGAGCAGAAUAACUGAGAGUAAGUAACUCCUAACUAACAUCCCCUGGAAAUGCACCCUUCACCACAAAACUGUCUGCCUCCCCUCCUCUCAGUGGCAGUGAAUGGAGCUCCGAAAUACCUCCUUUGCCCCCAGCCUCUAAAGAAAUCCCUCCUCUGCCUGUCUUUUGAUGCCUGCCCCCACCUCUAAAGACAUGCCUUUGUGCCUUAUGCAGAACUGUAUGCGCUGCACAUUCUUUCUAGUUCUAUAGGAGGAUUUUUGUAACCCGGUCCUGAUGAGCCCACGGAAUUCAGCUUAAAUAAACCUCAAGAUCAGAGUCCGACCGAAUCUCAGACACACCAGCCUGCAGAGGGCCACUGAACUCACACAACUCCUCACUCAUGCAAACCCUCCCCCCUCGAUCUGUCUUGUACAUUUUCACACCAACAUUGUUCAAUCCAAAGAUACUGACAUUUUAUCUUUUGCAGAACUAAUAGCCGUAUAGAGUAGAAGAUGUUCCCUUUCACUAAAAAUGGACAAUUAUCAUCCUGCUGGACACAGCGUCUGGAAAUGGCGGGUUGACAGUUAUGAUUUCAGCGUCAUUCUGGCGUUUUCAUUUAGUAAUAAUUAUAGUGGAUGACUAAUCAAAUUCAUAUAUGACUACCAGUUCUCACCAACUGUUAAAGCUUAAUGCUUCUGGGAAACCUGAAUACAUUUUUAAUAAAUGCUGCCACAGAAAUAUUCAAA